AUGGCGUACAUCAAGCUGCCCUUGUACUAUGCUGCCCUGUGGUUCACUGAAGCAUCACGGCUGAGUGGAUCCCUUUUGUUCCUGCAGGCAUUUUCUGAAGACAGGAAGCCCUUGUUUAAGCACGGGUCAGAGGCUCUGGACACCAAGGAGGGUGUGACAAGUUCUGUGCAGGAGGUGGAAGAGAGCCCAUACAGUUGCCCCUUUGUGAAAAGCACAAAGCACCGCCCAAGCCAGCUCAGCGUGGAUGACAUCGACCUCUUUUUGGACAUCAGGUCCCCCCACCCUGCCAUGCAGCGCACGCCUGUCCCGCUGACUCCUCAGAGCGCCUCACCUGUGUCCUCAAGCGCACUGGAGAUUAUGCGCACCCCCAUGCCAUUUGGCAGCCCUGUGCCUGACCCUGCCCGCACCACAAACCUGGCCCAGGCACUGGGAGAUGCUGCAGGCCAGAAGAGACCGGCCAGCGGCCCCCCAGAAUACACUAAUCUGCCCUACACUGUUCCCAUCGAGCUGAGGGGUGUGGAGCGGCCUUCUCCUCAGCCAGAAACGCCAGUCCUUGGCGCCAGAAGGGCUGUGAAGACGGGCAAUCCCUUCCAGACACCAUCUCCCCUGGAGAGUGACAGGCCCUAUGCAUUCAGCAGCCAGGAUCCGGACAGCACGCCGCACAUCUUUGGCCUGAGCAAUCCCGCCACUGCCUACAAGGAGAACAAGGCCGUCCGCCUGCGCCACACCCCCUUCAACGAGCGGGUGGACAAAGAAGUGCAGAAGGAACGGCGGUUCUCAGAGCGGCUGAGCACUGAGAAGGCUGCUGUGGCUCCCAAGACUUGA